GACAUCUCCAAAUAUCCGAUUCUCCUGCAAGUAGGACGCCUUCGAUUCGCCGGUACUCAGAAUCGGUACCCAUCAGGCCUGAACUUUCGAAUGUCCGAGAGGGGCGAGUGCCGACUCCAUCGCUAAGCAGGUACCAUUUCUUGGAGUUUAUUUUGCAUUGCGGUACCGAGAUUACAAGUUCGGUUCACUGUGGAAGUGAUGUGAAGUGCUCCUGCGCCUAAUUUUUUUUUUCGACUAUUUUUCGACUAUUUUUCGCUUGGAUAAUUCGAUUUUUAUUUCGGUCUAUCGCAUCGAGUUGCGUCGAUUUUAAGUAAAAUGGCCCCGAAUCUGCUGAGGACCUCGUCGUCCUUGUACAUGGCGCAGGCGUCGUCCGGCGAGCCGGUGCAAAUCGUCAGUACCAAAGAGGACAUCCAGACCAGUUACCAGCCCUACCAGAAGGCGGCGAAGCGGCCGGUGAAGAGGAAAGGCCGCACCUACGAGUGGGAGAUCGUCUGGAGGAACGUCCUGAUUUUCCUGCUCCUCCACUCGAUAUUCCUGUACGCCAGUUACCUGCUCAUCACCGGGAAAGUCAUGCUCAAAACGCUGCUAUUUAACGUGCUAUUCGCCUCGUUCUGCGCGUUCGGCGUCACCGCCGGUGCGCACCGGCUGUGGGCCCAUCGCACCUACAAGGCGAAGCUCCCCUUUCGCAUCGUCCUGAUGAUCUGGCACACGGCCGCCCUGCAGAACGACAUCCACGAGUGGUGCAGGGACCACCGGGUGCACCACAAGUUCACCGACACCGACGCCGAUCCGCACAACGCCAGCCGGGGCUUCUUCUUCUCGCACAUCGGCUGGCUGAUGCUCAAGAAGCACAAGGACGUCAUCGCCAAGGGCAAGACCAUCGACAUGAGCGAUUUGGAGGCCGAUCCGGUCGUCAUGUGGCAGAAGAAGUACUACGUCGGUUUGGUGACUGUACUGACGUUCCUGUUGCCAGCCCACGUGCCUUGGUACUUCUGGGGCGAGAACUACCUCAUCGCUUGGUACGCCACUAUUUUUAGGUACACCCUGUCGUUGAAUUUUACAUGGCUAGUCAACAGCGCUGCUCACAUCUGGGGCACCAAACCCUACGACGCGUAA